AUGGCGGCGGAGCGGGGAGCGGGGCUGCGCAUCUUCCGCGAUGUGAUGAGGUGUGCCCAGGGCAGUGAUGACGGAAAACUGUCCUUUGAUGAAUUCAAAGCUUACUUUGCUGACGGAGUUCUGAGUGGAGAAGAACUGCAUGAACUUUUUUGCACCAUCAAUACACACAAUACUGACAAUCUUGACAAAGAAGAGCUCUAUGUGAUGUGGGGUUUUUUUCUUCUUUUUGAUUAUUUUUCAAAGCACUUAGGAGAGUAUGAAAAUGUUCUAUCUGUCUUGGAAGACUUAAACAUAACCAUACUGAAGGCAAUAGACAAAACAAAAAAAGGCUAUCAGGAAGCUUCCAAUUUGGAGCAGUUUGUGACUCGCUUUCUUUUGAAGGAGACCCUGAACCAGCUGCAGUCCCUCCAGAGCUCCCUGGAGUGUGCCACGGAAACCAGAGAGCAGACCCAGCAGGAGAGAAAAGAUCCAACAAAACCAGAAGUGCUCUCAGUUCAAUGGCCAGGAAAACGCUUAGCUCAAAGGCUUCAGAGGAACUGCAGCCUGUCAUCAAAUAACCCUUAUUCUAGCACAGGUUGGAUUGAGGAAGACAGCCAAUGGGUAAUCCAGAUAAACAGACUCCAGAAGCUAAUUGAUAGACUGGAAAAGAAGGACCUAAAGCUUGAGCCACUUGAAGAGGAAGUUUUGGAAGAAAAUGCAAGAUCUCACAUUAUGAUCGUUCAGCAGCAGAUGUCUGUGAUAGAAGAAAAAGUGGAGGAAUUCCAUCUUGCUCUAAAGCAGUACCUGGAAUCUGCUUCUGCUCAAGGUGGCUGCUUGCAUAUUUCCAUACAGAAGUUUCCAAGUAAUUUCCACUUCAUUGUUUAUGAGUUCUGGGAAAACAACAAUGCCUGGAAUAGCCACCUUCAAAUGAGUUACAGCAAGGCAUUCCAAACACGUAAAGUGGAUUUCUUGGAAACUCCAGAGCUUAUCGCAACAAUGCUAGUCCCGGCAUUGUGGUGGGUCCUCAAUAACAACUAG